CAAAAUGCCGUCGCAAACAAUUUUUCCUAAGAGAACGAGAAGAAAUAGAACCAUACAAUCUUUGAACAGACUCCCCGAGGAUGAUGGAGAUCCAACAAUUACAGGAAUCGCUAUCAUUUUGGGAAUCGCUGAACUGAUUGUCAGCUUCCUGUUCCUCAUUUUCUCUCAAAACUACUAUUUUUUUGCCCAACUUGGUCUUCAACUCUUCUUUAUGGCCUUGGAAUCUUACAGUUUAUUUGUCGGAUUUCUCGUUGUGGCCUAUGCCGGAGCUUUCGAGAUCAUUAUUCUUCUAGUUUUUUGUGGAUUUGAGACUUUCAAACCUGAGAGAUCCCUCAUUCCAACCGCUUUUCCAGGAAUCACUGAAACAGGCCGCCUUUGGAUUAUCAUUGCCGGAUAUGCUUUGGUCUUUUGGUGCGGAUUACGUCUUAUUUGGACUCGUCGAGCAAUGCAUUACAUCUACAUGGCAAGAUACGAGAAACGAAGAAAUGAUGCGCUUAUAGCACAAAUGACAGCAGAGGGAUUUGUACAAGUUUGAAGUUCAACAAAUUAUCUAGAAUUGAUUAAUAUUUUGCAUUUGUAUUUUUCGUUUCGUAUUUAUUGGAAUAAUUGGUUCUUAAUAGUUAAAUAAAAAGUAUUGAAUCGC